CAGACAUGAAGACCUGAAAUCGAUGCUUGAUGGCAACAAGGACAACCUUAAGUUGGAGGCCAUGAAAAGAAUCAUUGGGAUGGUAGCAAAAGGAAAAGACGCUUCUGAUUUGUUUCCUGCAGUUGUGAAGAAUGUUGUUUCAAAAAAACCUUGAGAUAAAAAAGCUUGUGUAUGUGUACCUGACACGAUAUGCAGAAGAACAGCAAGACCUGGCUUUGCUCUCUAUCAGCACUUUUCAGAGAGCUUUGAAGGAUCCGAAUCAGCUGAUUCGUGCAAGUGCCCUGCGUGUUCUGUCAAGUAUUCGAGUGCCUGUGAUCACACCCAUUAUGAUGUUGGCCAUCAAAGAGGCAGUGAUGGACAUGUCCCCUUAUGUCAGGAAAACUGCAGCUCAUGCUAUACCCAAGUUGUACAGCCUUGACCCUGAGACCAAAGAACAGCUGAUAGAAGUGAUAGAGAAGCUGCUUGGGGAUAAAACAACUUUGGUGGCAGGGAGUGCCAUUCAAGCAUUUGAAGAGGUGUGCCCUGAACGUAUUGACCUCAUCCACAAGAACUACCGCAAGAUGUGUAACCUCCUUGUGGACGUUGAGGAAUGGGGACAGGUGGUCAUCAUCAAUAUGCUGACCAGAUAUUGUCGAACACAGUUCCUCAACCCAAACCAGACCGACAGUAUUGAUGAUAUAGACAAGCCUUUUUAUGAAGACUCUGACAAAUCAUCCGAGGAGGAGGAUGAGACUAAGGAGUCUGAACCCAAGAAGAAGCCAUAUGUGAUGGACUCUGAUCAUAGGCUUCUCUUGCGUCAAGCUAAACCAUUGCUUAAUAGCCGAAAUGCAGCAGUUGUAAUGUCAGUUGCCCAGCUGUAUCACCACUGUGCUCCAAAAGCUGAAGUAGGUGUUGUCGCCAAAGCUCUAAUCAGGCUUCUCAGAAGUCACAAAGAGAUCCAGUAUGUUGUACUUAGCAACAUUGCAACAAUGACAAUCAAGAGAAAGGGAAUGUUUGAACCUUACCUCAAGAGCUUCUAUGUGCGAUCCAGUGACCCUCUUCAUGUCAAGCUUUUAAAGUUGGAGAUUUUGACCAGUUUGGCAACUGAGACAAACAUAUCCACAAUUCUGAGAGAAUUGCAGACAUAUGUGUUAAGCCCUGACAAGGAGUUUGCAGCUGCUACAAUUCAGGCCAUUGGACGAUGUGCCAGCAACAUUUCCGAGAUCACUGAUACGUGUCUCAACGGUCUCGUGCAUCUCAUGUCCAACAGAGAUGAAAGUGUUGUGGCCGAAAGUGUGGUGGUUAUCAAGAAGCUCCUUCAAAUGCGACCCACUUCAAGCGAGAAAAAAAGGCCAUCGGAGCACAAGGACAUCAUUUGUCAUAUGGCCAAGAUGGUGGAGAAGAUCAUGGUGCCCAUGGCUCGAGCCAGCAUCUUGUGGCUCAUCGGCGAGUACAGUGAGCGUGUGCCUAAGAUUGCUCCUGAUGUACUUAGGAAGUUUGCCAAGAGCUUCAUUCAAGAGGAGGAUAUCGUGAAGCUGCAGAUCCUGAACCUCGCAGCCAAGCUGUGCAUCACCAACCAGAAGCAGACCAAGCUCCUGUGUCAGUACGUGCUCAAUCUGGCCAAGUAUGAUCAGAACUAUGACAUCCGGGACCGAUCUCGCUUCCUGCGACAACUCGUGCUCCCAGGAGAAAAAUCAAGUGCACUAGCCAAAUAUGCUAAAAAGAUCUUCCUUGCUACUAAACCAGCUCCAGUUCUGGCUUCCAAGUUUCAAGAUCGGGACCAGUACCAGCUGGGUACACUGUCUCACCUGCUGAACACGCGUGCCCACGGGUACCAGGAGCUGCCAGAGUGGCCGGAGGAGGCUCCGGAGCCGUCUGUGCGCAAUGUGGAGUUGCCCAUCUGGACGGAGAAGAAAACAUCCACCAAGAAGAAGAAGAAUACAGCAGACCUCAAGUCAUUCUACUCAGAAACAGAAUCUAGUGAUGAAGAUGACUCUGAUGGAGAAUCACAAUCGGAUGACAGUGAGGAAGAAGACUCUGAAGAGGAAGGGGAGGAAUCAGAAGAGGAAGAGGACAGUGAGAACGAUGAGGAUGAGGAAGAAGAAGAGGACAGUGAGGAGGAAGACUCCAGCAAGGAAGAGGAAUCCUCUGAGGAAGAUAGUGAAGAAGAGGAAUCAUCUUCAGAGGAAGAGGUUGUUGUCAAGAAAAAGCCAGUUAAGAAGGAAACAAAGCCAGAAAAAUCAAAGACGAAAGAAGAAAAAGCUUCAUCCAAGAAGGAGUCCGAUCUUCUUCUGGACCUGGAUGAUUUGGGAUCGCUGGGCACAGGCAGUACCCCGGUGACCCCUGGUGAUAUGCUGACCCCUACCAUGGCGUCCAGCAUGAGCAAUCUGUCCAUCAGUGAUAGAGCCUCGCCUACUAAUGUCGCUAUGCCCCAGCCAGUCAUAGUCCCUUCCAAGUCCUACGAGCUCCUCAACAGAAUCAAAGGCAAUGGCCUCAGUGUGGAGUACAAGUACACCAGGUCAAUAUCAAUCUUCUCACCAAAGAUGGUGUCCAUUGAGCUGACUCUCACCAACAGUGGAGAUGCACCUAUAACAAACAUCAGCAUGGGUGAUAAGAAACUACAACCGGGAAUGGAAGUACAGGAGUUCCCAGAAAUAGCUUCACUCGGAGCAGGGUCCUCUACAUCUGUUUUGUUCGGCAUCAACUACAAUGACACGACGCAGCCAGCAACGUUUGACCUUUGUACCCAAGAUCAGAAAUACAGCGUGAAUAUCUCCGCCCCUGUUGGGGAGUUGGUACAGCCCCACACAAUGAAUGAAAGUGACUUCAGAACACAACAAGGUAAACUUGGAGGAAUGAAUGAAAACAGUGGAAGUACAGAACUUCCUGAGAAGAACCAAUCAUCCAAGGCCAUUUGUUCCUGUGUUCACACAGCUGCAAAUGUGCUACAAGUACCGUCGUCAGAGGAAAACAUCUACAGAUUUUCGGCCAAAACAUUAGGUGAUGGCACACUUGUGUUGGUGACAGUGAAAGUUAAGGAAUCCAAAGCAACACUGACUGUCAAUUGUGAGAAGAUGGUGAUUGGGACAAUGCUGCUCAAAGAUAUAAAGAGCUCUCUCGGCAAAAAGUAAUCUUUGACAGAUUAGAACAAAACAGUUAUUUAUUUCAGCUUAAUUUUAAAGUAAUUUAGUCUGUAAUAUAAAAAUCUGUUUCAUUAUUUUCAUUUAUAUUACUCUGUUAUUGAUGUGGCUACUGUGAUGACAAUGAACCUUUACUUGUCACAUAUUUACUUUCUAUGGACACAAGGUAGCCUUGUGGUUAAAGUGUUUACUUGUCAUGCCAAAGGCCUGGGUUUGAUUCCCCUCAGGGAUACUUUGAGUGAAGCCCAAUAGUGGAGCCCCAGCUGUAAUAUAACUGAAAUUUGGCUGGUAGAAAGCAGCAUAGCACCCAAUUCCCUUGCUCGCUUUCUGAUCAGUAGGACCCAGGAAAUCUUUUACCACGUAUAGUGCAAGAAAGGUUCAUCCUUCAGUGCAUGUAGGGGGCAGGGGACUUGACAAAAAUCAAAACAUUCUGGGUGGCUUUGAAGAAACCCCUCAACUCUUGUUAUUUUAAGUAGUUGUUUUACAUAUAUGAUAUCCCAACCAAGAAAUGCAUUAAUAUUGCUAAAGAGGCCUAAAACCUACUCACCACAGUCCAUUCUGGAUGGCACUGAAAUACAACUUCAGCUCUUGUUAUAUUAAGUAGGUGUUUUACAUAUAUGAUAUCCCGACCAUGGAUACAGAAUUACUGCUAAGAGAGGUGUAAAACCUGACUUAAUACAGCUUAUUGUAUCUUGUGUCAUAGAAUUAUAGGAUGUAUUGAUUUGCAAUUUGUUUAUACAAAAAUGAUGCUUCAUUGCUCAUGGUUUUCAUCUUGCGGACAUUAUCCAGAACUGACAUCCCAGCACUGUCCCUAAUUAGCUGGGUGGUUAAAGCAUUCAUUUGUCACGUCGAUGGCCUGGGUUUGAUUCCUGCAUGGGUUCAAUAUGUAAAGUCCGUGUUUGGUGCCCCUUCUGAGACAUUGCUAGAAUGUAUUAUUAAAGUGAGAUUGUGUAAUUACUGGAUGUAGCAAAUCAAAAUGUCUAUGAAAGUAACAAUGCAAAGUGCUUCUUGGUUUACUGAGGUGGUGAUUCUGGUGUGUUGGCAAAGAUGCAGGAUCAAGUACAAUAGAAACAGUUAUGCUUGAGUUAAUUAAUUUGCA